AUGAAAAAAAAAAAUAUCGCGGCGACCACUAGUUACGGCAAGGUGAAAAGCCGUGUGAACCGUUAUGAUAUGAACGGUUCCUACAAUUUUACUGAAUCCAAGAAUGGUGGAAAGGUGCCAGGAGGAAGUACUCCGGGGGAUGGAAAAAAGAGUCGGGCAGAGGCGCCCCCCGCCGGUAAAGCCGCCAAUAAUGCAACGAAUAGCACCGCUGUGAGUAGCCUGCAGAAUAGCACUCAAAACACUGGCGGAGGAAACCCCCACCAUGUACAAGCAACAAAAUAUGUCAAGAACGCUUAUCCGUAUGAUUACAACGCUUACGGUCCCAAGAAAGUUGGAGAGUACAAGGAGAAAAUGAGGGGUCCCAUGGAGAGUGUGGGUCACGGAGGCGACAGUGGUGCACAGGGUGAGGGCAGGAGUAGUCAGGCGGUCACGAACAACGCGGGUGGGAACAAAGGGAAUGGGGAUAAUGCCAUUGGGAUGAAUCCUAGUGGAGGAAAUUUGAAUCACGCAAAUGGGGGUAGAAGCCAAAAUACAGGACGGAAAGGAAACAAAGAGGAAAGACUGAACGAAGAAGUCAGUCUGUUGAGAGAAAAAAUAUGUUUUAAAAUGCUCAAAAGCAUAGAUAUAUAUAUCACAGAAAUUAUUAUGAAGUCUUCAUUUGUGACUGUGUACAAAAUGAAGGAAGAUGAACUAAAAUGGGUUCGAGCGGAUAUUGAAGGUUUCCUUUACAUCGUUAGGAGAUCUAUAAAGCCAACGUAUCGACUUAUAAUUACAAACAAAAAAAACGAAAACCAUUUAGUACAGGAUAUCCAUGGACGUAUAAACUUGUCCACAGAUCAGAAUUAUAUUUUUUAUCGAGUACAUAAUGAAGAAAGUAACUUGAAAAGUACCUACAGUUUGUGGUUUUAUAGCACCGAGGAAAAGGAGAAGAUAUAUAGUAUGUUGAAAGAGUUAGUGGACAAGGGGGAGAGUGCUCCAUCCGUCAGUGGGACCGCUAAUCUGGGAAAUCCCGACAUUAGUGGCCUUGCGAAUGGCUCCAAUGUCGGCUAUGUACACAGUAAAAAUAUUAACUUUAUACUGUCCAAGGGUGAAAGUGGUGUGAACGAGGGAGCUGCCAUUGCAGGAAUCUCUACAGGAGGAGGAGGAGGAAUUGUCGGGGCAAAGCCGAAUGAUUCUUCGUCCAAGAAUAUGCUAAUGAAUGGACAUGAAGAGGAACUUAUUAAAGGAGGGGCGAACCACGUAGGGAUGGUCGGUGGUGGGGAUAACAGUGUGCAGAGAAAGGCAAAUGGUAAGAACCUCAUCCCAUUGAUGGCACCAGACAGUGGUAGGGAUAACGAUUGUGAGAAGAAUUUUGAACUGAUGGGAAAUAAUAAGCUAGAGAACUUAUAUGGAAAGAUGAACAUACCCUUGGGCGAUGGUGGGCAUGUACCCCCAGGAGCUGCCAACGCCAUUUAUGGGAAUUAUUUGAAGCACUUAUAUAAGUCUAGUGGGGGUGGAAGCGGAGGCAUGAAUGGGAUGGAGGCCAUUGGACAGAAAAGCAAAAUGAAAGAUGCACCUGGUGAGGAAGGUCUGGGAGGAUGCGAUUCGAACAUGAAAGGAAUGGCGCAACAAAACCAUAUCGAUUUUAAUGACAAGGUUGGAAGGAAAUUGCUGUACCUCAUUAAGGGUCUGCCCAUGGAUGGUGAGAAGGGAGGCGAAAAGGGAAGCGAUAAUUUGAAAAAGUUACCAGGGCAGGAUUUUUACGAGGGUAGGAAGAGCGAAGAUAUGCCAAGGGGUAGUGGAGGUGGAACGAACAACUCUGUUGUGGAUAUUAGGGGAGUAGGUGUUGGUGCCAACAACACAGGUGGUAGUGGUGUUGGAGGUGGUGCCGGCUACCCGAAUGACAAGGGCAGCGCUAUUUCCGGAGGAGAAGCCAUCAUGAACCUAUUGGGGUUGAGCAAGAACGGCGAAGUGAAGGAGGAUGAGGUGGAGGAUAAGAAGAAGAAAAAGAAGAAGAAGGGCGGAAAUGGGGAAGUCGCCAUGGGUGGGGGUGCAAAUGCUAGUGCUAAUGCUAAUAUUAGCGCCGUUCCUAGCGGUGAUAGCGCAGGAAUGAAUCACAUUAAUAACGCCCUUGGCGUUAAAGAGUUCGAGGCGAAUAUGCAAAAGAGGGGGCUGCAGCUUAGGGAAAUGCAGAUGAGGGAGUUGCAGUUUAGGGAAAUGCAACUGAGGGAAAUGCAGCUCAGGGGGAUGCAGAUGAAUGGGAUGGUCAUGAAUGGAGUGCCAAUGAAUGGAAUGGCAAUGAGUCACCCACAAGGGAAUGAUCUACAGAUGCUUCCCCUCCCCGCGGAGGAGAUAAACGGAAAGGCCAUGAAGAAGUACGGAAAGGGAAGAUCAGAUUGUAGUGAAGAACCCGUAGGCAACAAGCACCCACUGGAGAAAAACUACCUGGAGAGACCAUCAUUUCAGAACAACUCUAUCGAAAGUCUACACAGUAAGGAAGUCGAAGUGAGUAAUGGAAGCAUGGACGAUGAGAAAAAUAUGACCAACGCUUUGCUCGAUAUUAUUAAGCAAAAGGCAGACAGAGAAAAUCAGAUCAUGGGGGUUGACGGUGUAAAAUAUCACGGGGGUCAUGAUAGCAUUAGCGAGUUCAACACAGAUUCGUAUGACAUGAUGUUGAAGAUGCAGGGCGGGGGUGGAAGUGGAGAAAGGAGGGAGAAGAGUGGCCAUCGAGUGAGCAAUCGGAUGGGUAGUCAUGUAAGCGGUCACGUCGGUAGCAAUUUUAACACCCAACUGAGCAGUCAUAUGGAAAGCCAUCUUGGAAGUCACCUUGGAAGCCACAUCGAUAACCGAAGCCACAAUGGCCCAUUUGAUGAGGGCGAAAUGCCAAGGAUGAAUAACCACCCUGGAUACAGCCCCCACGAUAAGCAGCUGCUCAAGUAUGAAGAUGAGAGGACGGACAGUUACAGUGGCAUGGAGGACUACAAAAACGGGAGCAUCCUUCUGAAUAGGAACACCAUUCAUAACGUCAUAAAGGAGACUUUACAGUCGGAUGAGUUUGUUAAUUUGUUGUGGAAGAAGUUGGUAAUGAGCAAAAAUAUUAUGUAA